GUCCUGUGAAUCUCUCAGAAGAUUUUAUGUUUUAAAAUACUAUAUAUAUUUUUUAAAUUUACAGAAAAAUGGCGGAUAAGCAUGCUGUUCUGGAACUAGGGGAUGAGGAUUUACAGUUCAGCUCACAUGAUUAUUCUACACAGGGUGCAAGCUCUGGUCUAACUAGCUCUACCCCUGCCCCUCAACCUUCAUCUACAGGCGAGGGCGGAGAGGCGGAGCCCGGAUCUGGGCCAGGUUCCGCCAAUUUCUGGAGUAUAUCCUACUACCAGCAGUGUUUUGAUGUUGAGGAUAAAGAUGUCCUCUCACGUCUCCUUUAUUCUAUGCUGCCUAUCCCCGGAAAAUCGUUCCUGCAACAUCACAUCCGUCCUAAACCUGAUCUGUAUGGACCGUUCUGGAUCUGCGUGACCUUGAUUUUUUCUAUUGCUAUCUCCGGUAACCUGGCAGAUUACCUGUCAACCUCACUGACCGGCCAAGCUAGCUGGCACUACGAUUUCCACAAGGUGACCCUGGCCUCUACAGCUGUAUUCUCCUACGCUGGUUUAAUCCCGGCCUGCCUGUACGGAUACCUGUGGUGGGCAGGACAGGGCGGUACCAUCACUAUAUCUUUCUUAGAACUGCUUUGUCUGUAUGGUUACAGUGUGACCAUCUAUAUACCUAUCUCUCUACUCUGGUUACUCUGCGUCAAGGUUGGUUGGUUACAGUGGGUUCUAGUUCUAGUUGGUGCUUCACUAUCCGGAGCUGUGCUCUUUACAACGGUGUGGCCGGCCAUCAGAGAGAACGCGGCGAAGAGCGCCGGAAUCGUUAUAAUUGUCAUCCUCUCCCUUCACUUUCUCCUCGCUACAGGGUUCAUGCUGUACUUUUUCCAUUCAGGGGCUUCCGCUUCCUCUAUCAUAGUUCCGGUGCCUGAGGAUGCCAAACUUAAUCAGACGCAGAACGAAACUUUACCAGAUCCUGCAGCUCUGUUACAGUCGAACAUUGGAGAGUUAUCAACUGGAUCACCUGCUACUGUGGAGAAAGAUGCAGAUCCCGGAGAAAACACCAAUCCUACAGUCCCUGCAUCUGACGAAGCUGUAGAUAACUCUGCAGAAACAGUAUCUGCUGAUGAUUCCGCUGAAGAUAAUUCGGACAAAAACUUAAAUCAAGCUGAAGAGAAAUCCAAAGCGGAUUCAAACUAUGCUGGUGUUCCAAAACCUGCAGAGGUUAAAAAGUCAGAAGAUGGUUCAAAGAUCGUCGAAGAUCCCAAGCCCGCUGAUGAUCCUAAGCCCGUUGUAAGCUCUGAAACCGUCCAUGGUUCUAAGUCGGACGACAAAGAUGCGCACGCCGCUGAUUCUGAUAAGCCUGCUUCAACGAUAAAUACGACCGCCGCCGAUUCAGUCGGCGCUCCCGAGAGUAAAAAGAAAGAUAAAGAAUAAUAUCAAAAUUUAUUAGAUUUUUAAUUCAAAAUUUUCUUAUUAAAUUAACAUAACACUAAGCCUGGGCCUAGUUCUCUGUGAUACAUUCGUAGCAUUUUAACAAAUUGAUUUAAUUUCCUUUUACUGUGCAAUCCUGUUCAGUGUAAGCCAUUCUGUUUAUUCUUACCUUUUGAAAGGCCAAUCUAUCAAUGAUAUGGGCACCGUGCAGUUGAAUGUGAUGCAUUGAAUAUCAAUUUUCUUGGCUAAAUUCGUGAUUAAAAUCACUUUUUUAUUAAAAAAUCUUUUUUGAACUCUAAAUGAUUUUCAGAGAAGUUCAACAAAAUUAAUUUUCAUUGUCAUUUUAAAAAUUCUUUCAAAUUCCGUAAAUGGUUUGAUAUUAUGAAAGUUUUUCCAUUCUAUCAUUAUUUCUAUUUAUACGUAGCACCGUGAUCAUGUUAAAUUACUUUUUUUUGAGUUUAUGUACAGUGUUUACUUGAUAUUUAUAUAGAACUGUACUGUGUACUGUACCGUUGUGUUUUACAGAAUGCUCGGCCCGACCUAGCGACGGAAAAAUGGCGCGAAAAGGUGGAUUCACCAUAGACGAUGCAUUCGAGGAGAGCGAAGAGGAUAAAAUUCGAUUGUAUAACUCUGAAUCCUCGCCUCUACAACUUGUUUUCUCCGAAGAGGAUGAAAAAAAUCUAGAAGGAGAUGAAGAAAAUGAUAAGGCUGAAGGGUUCCAGACGACCAAUAAACCUCCUAAAAGUAUUAUGAAGAAUUCGAUGCUUCUCAAUCCUUCCCUGAGAGGACUUAAAUCAAGGGAUGAUAAUGGAUCUAUAGACAGUAACUCCUUAAUACAAGGACAAAGUUCAGGAUACUUUGAUUC